CCUGAGCUGGAGCACCAGCUGUUGCCCAGGUUCCGAGUGGCGUGGGAGGCGCCGAUUCCGUCUCUGUGGGUUGCUUUGGGAGACGACCUGCCACCAUGACGGAUCAGCAGGCGGAGGCCAGGUCCUACCUGAGCGAGGAAAUGAUAGCAGAAUUCAAGGCUGCUUUCGACAUGUUCGACGCCGACGGUGGCGGCGACAUCAGCACCAAGGAGCUGGGCACCGUCAUGAGGAUGCUGGGCCAGACGCCCACCAAGGAAGAGUUGGAUGCCAUCAUCGAGGAGGUGGAUGAGGAUGGCAGCGGAACCAUCGACUUCGAGGAGUUCUUGGUCAUGAUGGUGCGCCAGAUGAAAGAGGACGCGAAGGGCAAGUCCGAGGAGGAGCUGGCCGAGUGCUUCCGCAUCUUUGACCGGAAUGCCGACGGCUACCUGGACGCUGAGGAACUGGUGGAGAUUUUCAAGGCCUCCGGCGAGAGUGUCACCGACGAGGAGAUUCAGGAGCUGAUGAAGGACGGAGACAAAAACAAUGAUGGCCGGAUCGACUUUGACGAGUUCUUGAAGAUGAUGGAGGGUGUGCAGUAAAGUGCCUGGACAUUCCUUCCUUCCGAGCGAGGGGCUGCUUUCAGCACUCCAAGUGGCCCUCGCUCACUUCUGCUCCCGCCACCUCGCCCUGCCUCGUUCCAGCCGGCUCUGCGCAGCGCACCUCAGAGACCCCCUUCCAGCUAAGCUCUGUGGACCCUUGACUGCCUGCAGCUUUUGAGAGUCUGUUCAAAACAUUAACCCUUCAAUAAAGAGCGAAGGACUGGAACUGCCUGGAGACGGGAGAAAGGC